GUUUUUUCUCGGAGACCCGGCGGCGGGAGCUCAUGCAAGUCACAGCCAGAGCUUUAGUUGCCGUUCCGGAAUUGGAGGUAAUACGUCCCUUAUCUUAUCGUACCCCAAAAGUUUGGUUUGACAAAGCUCCAGAAGCUCCUCCUGCUUGUCACUGGAAACUCUCACGAGGCGCAGCCGUGAACGAAACGAACGAACGAAGCGAACGAAGCGAAAAUCAUAAAAGGCUACCUAUCUAGCCCGAGACGAGAAACACUUCCUCGAAUUGCAGUUCCGCAUGCGUAUGUGCUACUGAGGACUCACCUCUCUUUCUCGUGGAAUCCCGCGAUGAUCGCGACAGCUCGUUGAAACCCAGGAGUUUACUCGAAAUAGCAAAGACCACCUUUGGAAAUAAGCAAAGAUGCAGCGACUGUCUCGUCAAAGCGUUCUGUUGGACGGCCUGCGAGGCGCUGCCAUAUCCCGCGCCGUGCAGCGGACCAGCGCAGCGCGUGCUUCCAGAUGCUUUUCAAGCACGGUAUCGAGGCGGGAUGGAGAGGAGAGGAAAUGGUCCACGCCUUUGGCGAAACAGCUGGCCGAGGCUAUCUCGAUGACAGGUCCCGUACCUCUCGCGAGCUAUAUGCGCAUGUGUCUGACUGGUGACAUCGACGGAUACUAUACGGGUUUGGCCGAAGAGAACAGAGAUCAGUUUGGCUUGAAGGGAGACUUCGUCACGUCGCCUGAGAUUUCCCAGAUAUUCGGCGAGCUGAUUGGCAUCUGGUUCGUUGCGGAGUGGUUGAGCCAGGGUAAGCCCAGCAAGGGCGUCGAGCUCAUGGAGGUCGGCCCCGGACGCGGCACUCUGAUGGACGAUAUGCUUCGUACUAUGCAAAACUUCAAGGGUUUUGCGCAAAGCAUCGACGCCAUCUACAUGGUUGAGGCCAGCCCUCAGCUCCGUGAGGCGCAGAAGAACCUCCUUUGCGGCCCUGACGCGCCCAUGACCGAAUCCAAAGUCGGCUAUCACAGCGUUUGCAAGCGGACCAACUUACCCAUCGUCUGGACCGAGACCAUCAAGUCUAUCCCUCAAAGCCCCGAGAAGAUGCCCUUGAUAGUGGCACACGAGUUCUUCGAUGCGCUGCCCAUCCACGCCUUCCAAGCCGUCACCGUCCCCCCUUCACCGCCCAAAGAGCCCAUAUCAGGACAACCCGCCCCGAGAAGUCCCCCUCCUCGUGAACCUGAAGGGCCCAAGAUCGAAUGGCGCGAGAUGCUCGUCUCGCCAACCCCGCCAGACGCCACUCACGCAACCAUGAACAUACCGAAAUCAGAACAGGGCGACCCGAUACCCGAUUUCCAAAUGACGCUCGCCACAGGCCCAACCCGCCAUUCGCGUUACGUCCCCGAGACCUCAUCCCGCUACCGCCGUCUAAAGGCCACCGUCCCGGACGCCGUAGCCGAGAUCUGCCCCGACGCCUCCAUCUACGCCGCCGACUUUGCCAGCCGUAUCGGCGGCUCAAAGCAGCAUCCCAAGCCCCGGCCGUCAGGCGCGGCACUGAUCCUGGAUUACGGCACGUCCGACACCGUCCCCAUCAACUCUCUGAGGGGUAUCCGCCGUCACCGCCGCGUCAGUCCCUUCUCGGAACCCGGCCUUGUCGACCUGAGCGCUGACGUCGACUUCACCGCUAUCGCCGAGGCAGCGAUGGUCGCGAGUGAGGGUGUUGAGGUCCACGGGCCGGUCGACCAAGGCGCGUUUCUGGGUCAGAUGGGCAUCAAAGAGCGUGCCCAGGUGUUGACCAAGCAAGUCAAAGCCAGGGCGGCCGCCGAUAAGGCGCAGGCCAUUGAGGGUGCCUGGAAGCGUCUCGUUGAUCGUGGCCCCGGCGGGAUGGGAAAGGUCUACAAGGCAAUGGCCAUCUUGCCUGAGAAUGAUGGAAGGAGGCGUCCCGUCGGCUUUGGCGGCGAUGUGUAAGAAUUGUCCUAACAAUCACUUGUAAAAUGAUACCAAACGAGAGCAGACUCA